UUGGAGGAGGGUAGUGUAUUUUUGUAGCGUAGCCUCAAAAGGGACUAACAGUUAGCACGGCUGCCAACUACUACUACUAUAAUUUCCUUUGCACUCAAGAUUUAUCGUGAUUUGAUAGUAUGAACGGUGAUAAUGCAGCAGCUAGAGGGAGAACACCUGCGGUUACGGACAAAGUCGACAUGUCAUUAGAUGACAUCAUUCGGUUAAACAAGAAAGAGCAACAGUUACAGAGGAGACAGGCCACAGUGACCCGCAGACCAGUGAAAAAGAAAGGCCGUCUGACCCAGGGAAAGGGCUUCACAACCCAGAGAGGAGGAGCAGCUAAAUUAAGAAACAGAAGGGUCCCUCCCCCACCUGGUCGACGGCGGGGUCAGGGGGUUAUCACCGGGCUGGCAGCACGGCGGCCCGGGGCCCUGCUGAAGAGGGUCGGUACCCUGAACAGAGCCGCAGUCACCCAGCAGAAAACUAGGCCGAAAGCGAAGCCCUUCAUCCAGCGCCCCGAGGCUCCGUACAGGAAGCCAGAGGCUCCGAGGCAGCCAUACCGGCAGCCGGACCCCCGCAGGGGACAGAGCGCAGCGGGGGUCCUGAAACCCUUCCCGCUGAGACGCCGACCACUGCCCCCUGUCCAGCAGCAGACUCAGAGAGACGCCCGCCAGGCCACCUUCCUGUUCCACAGAGGACUCAAGGUGCAGGCCCAGGUGAUAAAGCCAAGUCCCCACAGUCCCCACAGUCCCCAUAGUCCCCAUAGUCCUCACAGUCCUCCAACCAGAACUCGCCAGUGGCGCACAUCAUCAGCCAACAAUGGAAUCUUGACUGUUUCAAUUGACAACCCCACAGCCAGGACUCAGCCUGAGCCCCCCUCUGCUUGGACCCUGCAUCCCCCAGCAGCCAUUGCAGCCCAUCCGAAGGUAGAAACGGUGGAGAAGAAGAUCCCCAAAGGAGUGCCUCUGGAGUUUGACAUCAACAGUGUUGGGAAACCGCAAACAGCGCUCACCCUGAACGAGCGGUUCUGCAUCCUGAAGGAUCAGCGCUCCUCCACAGCACAGAGCGGCAAGGGCAGCAGAUUUGUUACCGUUGGUUAGUUGUGAGGCCAAUUACCCAGAAGCCUCUUUGUCCUGUUCUACACAGUGCACCCAACCUUCCUGAUGGAGGGAACAGACUGAACCACUGACUUUACUAAAGAAAGGGAGGAUAACAACACGUGUCAACGGAGGAGUGGUAAAAAUAUGUUCCCAUCAUUGUCCUCCACUGUCUGUUGUGGAUGUCCGACACCGGGGAGGAAGGAACUCUUUCUCUCCCAUGGCCUUGGAACUGUUGACACUAUCAUGACGACUGUACGGACGCAUCUCUCUUCACAGAGAACCGCUAUGUGUUUGCAAGGGUGGCACGUAUGAUCUCUAAACCCUUUUUGUGAGAAUUGUUUUGUAAUGUUUCUUCAAAUAAAUGAGUUUUCUCUAUAA